AUGGUGGGCGAAAGCCCCUACCUCAUCUCCGACCUGGACAAGCGGAGCCGGCGCAGGUCCUUUGCCGAGAGAUAUGACCACAGCCUGAAGACCAUGAUCCCCAUGAGGCCCUCCGCCAGGCUGGCGCCCAACCCCAUGGACGAUGCCGGGCUGCUCUCCUUUGCCACCUUCUCCUGGUUCACGCCCAUGAUGGUGAAGAGCUACCGGCACACGCUCACGGUGGACACUCUGCCCCCGCUGUCGCCGUACGACUCCUCCGACACCAACGCCCAAAGGCUCCGCGUGCUCUGGGACCUGGAGGUGGCGAUGGCGGGCCCCGAGAAGGCCUCUCUGGGCCGCGUGGUCUGGCAGUUCCAGCGGACGCGCGUGCUGAUGGACACGGUGGUCAACAUCCUGUGCGUCAUCAUGGCAGCCAUCGGGCCGACCGUCCUCAUCCACCAGCUCCUCCGGCACACGGAGAGCGACGCCCGCAGCGUGUGGGUGGGCCUGGGCCUGUGCGCCGCCCUCUUCGCCACCGAGUUCACCAAAGUGCUCUUCUGGGCCCUGGCCUGGGCCAUCAACUACCGCACGGCCGUCCGGCUGAAGGUGGCCGUGUCCACGCUGGUCUUCGAGAACCUGAUGUCCUUCAAGACGCUGACGCGCAUCUCCGUGGGCGAGGUGCUCAACGUGCUGUCCAGCGACAGCUGCUCCCUGUUCGAAGCCGCUUUGUUCUGCCCUUUGCCGGUCACCAUCCCCAUCCUCAUGGUCGUCUGCGCCGUGUUCUCCUUCUUCAUCCUGGGGCCCACGGCCCUCGUCGGGAUCUCCGUCUACGUCAUCUUCGUCCCCAUCCAGGUGUUCAUGGCGAAGCUCAACUCUGCUUUCCGGAGGUCGGCCGUCUCCGUGACGGACAAGCGGGUGCAGACCAUGAGCGAGUUUGUGACCUGCAUCAAGCUGAUUAAGAUGUAUGCCUGGGAGAAGCCCUUCACCCAGACCAUCCGAGACAUCAGGAGGCGAGAGAGGAAGCUGCUGGAGAAGGCGGGCUUUGUCCAGAGCGGGAACUCGACGCUGGCCCCCAUCGCCUCCACCAUCGCCAUCGUGUCCACCUUCACCUGCCACAUCCUGCUGCGGCGCCAGCUCACGGCCGCCGUGGCGUUCAGCGUGAUCGCCAUGUUCAACGUGAUGAAGUUCUCCAUCGCCAUCCUGCCCUUCUCCGUCAAGGCGGCGGCCGAGGCCAGCGUCUCGCUGAGGAGAAUGAAGAAAAUUCUCAUAGCCACCAGCCCCCCGUCCUACGUCACCCAGCCAGAAGGCCCAGACACUGUCUUGCUUUUAGCAAAUGCCACCCUGACGUGGGCGCAGGAGGCCGGCUGGGAGGGCGACAGCGACAUAAAGAAGGCGGGGAAGCAGAGCUCGGAGGCGUACCGCCUGGGCGCCUCGGCCCCCAGCGCCGCGGGCCGGGAGGGCCGGCGCCACGGCAGCAAGUCGGUGCUGCACAACAUCAGCUUCGCGGUGAGGAAGGGGAAGGUCCUGGGGAUUUGCGGGAACAUUGGAAGCGGCAAGAGCUCCCUCAUCGCAGCUCUGCUGGGCCAGAUGCAGCUGCAGCACGGGGUGGUGGCGGUCAGCGGGACCCUGGCCUACGUGUCCCAGCAGGCGUGGAUCUUCCACGGGAGCGUGCGGGAGAACAUCCUGUUCGGAGCCAAGUACGACCACCAAAGGUACCAGCACGCGGUGCGCGUCUGCGCCCUCCAGGAGGACCUGCGCAGCCUGCCUUACGGGGACCUGACGGAGAUCGGGGAGCGGGGCCUCAACCUCUCGGGCGGGCAGAGGCAGAGGAUCAGCCUGGCCCGCGCCGUCUACUCGGACCGCGAGACCUACCUGCUGGACGACCCGCUGUCGGCCGUGGACGCCCACGUGGGGCGGCACAUCUUCCAGGAGUGCAUCCGGAAGGCGCUGCGGGGCAAGACGGUGGUGCUGGUGACGCACCAGCUGCAGCUCCUGGAGUCCUGUGAUGAGGUCAUUCUGCUGGAGUUCGGGGAGAUCUGUGAGAAGGGGACCCACGAAGAGCUAAUGGAGAAGAGAGGGCGCUAUGCGAAGCUGGUGCACAACCUCCGGGGGCUGCAGUUCAAGGACCCCGAGCACAUCUACAACGCGGCGCUGGUGGAGGCCCUGCCAGAGGGCCCCGCGGACAGAGACGAAGCUCUGGCUCCCGGUGAGAAAGAGGAAGGAAAAGAUUCCGACAGAGACUCGGAAUUCAUAGACAUGCCAGCCCCUCUGCACCAGCUCGGCCAGGACCAGUUGCCCCAGGAAGGAGGCGUGACCUGGAGGACCUACCACACGUACAUUAAGGCGGCCGGAGGCUACCUCCUCUCCCUCCUCAUCGUGACACUCUUCCUGCUCGUGAUCGGCAGCACCGCCUUCAGCAACUGGUGGCUGAGCUUCUGGCUGGACAGGGCCUCCGAGAUGACCUGCGGGCCGCAGAGCGGCGACGGCCCAUGCGAGAUCGGCGAGGUGCUGGCGGACAUGGGGGACGGCGUGUACUUGUGGGCGUACACGGGCAGCAUGGUGUCCGUGCUGGCGUUCGGCGUCAUCAAGGGCUUCGCCUUCACCAAGACCACCCUGAUGGCGUCCUCCCUGCUGCUCGACCGCGUGUUCGACAAGAUCUCCCAGAGCCCCAUGAGCUUCUUCGACAUGACGCCCAGCGGCCGGCUCAUGAACCAGUUCUCCAAGGACAUGGACGAGCUGGACGUGCGGCUGCCCUUCCACACGGAGAGCUUCCUGCAGCAGGUCAUCCUCGUGGCCUUCAUCCUCGUGGUCCUGGCCGCCGUGUUCCCCGCCGUCCUCCUGGUGCUGGCCGGCCUCGCCGUGGCCUUCCUGGUGCUGCUCUGCAUCUUCUACAGAGGUGUCCAGGAGCUCAAGAAGGUGGAGAACGCGAGCCGCUCGCCCUGGUUCUCACACAUCACCUCGUCCAUGCAGGGCCUGGGCGUCAUCCACGCCUACGACCGGCAGGAGCUGUGCAUCACCAAGUUCAAGAUGCUCAACGACGAGAACUCCAGCCACCUCCUGUACUUCAACUGCGCCCUGCGCUGGUUCGCCCUGCGCAUGGACGUCCUCAUGAACAUCGCCACCUUCCUGGUGGCCCUGAUGGUGACGCUGAGCUUCUUCUCGGUCAGCACCUCCUCCAAAGGCCUGUCCCUGUCCUACAUCAUCCAGCUCAGCGGGCUGCUGCAGGUGUGCGUGCGCACGGGGACCGAGACCCAGGCCAAGUUCACCUCCGUGGAGAUGCUCCGGGCCUACAUCUCGGCCUGCACUCCCGAGAGCGCCCAGCCCCUCCCGGCGGCGCCCUGCCCGCAGGACUGGCCCAGCCGCGGGGAGAUCACGUUCCGAGACUACGGGAUGAGAUACAGGGACGGCACGCCCCUCGUCCUCCAGGGGCUGAGCCUGCACAUCCAGAGCGGGCAGACGGUGGGCAUCGUGGGGAGAACAGGCUCCGGUGAGGACCCCCCCCCCCCCACGCUCCCAGGCCCCGCACAGCCUCCGGGGCCGUCACGCGGCAGCACUCGGCGGCGCUCCGGCCGCGGCCGCCAUGCUUCCCCCUCACGUCUGCGCUGA